AUGCCGAUAGCACUUGACCCUUCAAGGCUUGAUGAAGAUGAAGGUAUAGAAACCACUCUGGUUCGAAAUAGAGCUAAAUAUCAUCAGAGUUGCCGAUUGCUGCUCAACAACACCAAGUUAGAAAGAGCAAAGCAAAGAAGAGCGGUACCGAGCACCCCCGGAGCAACGGAUGAACCUCGAAGCAAGAGACGAAAAUCUGCAGACAUUCCAAAAGUGGAAUGUUUCUUCUGUGAAGAAGAAGAUGUUAUUUCGAAUCUGCAAGAAGGGAUGACAGCGAGACUAAAUGAACACCUCAAUCAAUGUGCCAGAGCCCUGAACGAUGGAAAGCUCCUUGCAAAGUUAAGUAGCGGAGACGUUGUUGCCCUGGAGGUUAAGUACCACCUUUGUUGCCCCCAAAAGUUGUACAAUGCUGAAAGAGCGUACCUCAAUUCCCUAGAGAAAGCAGAGAGUAGUGAUCCAGGGAAGGAUUUAUACCCAGUGGCCUUUUCAGAACUAGUUGUCUACAUCAUGGAUAGCAAAAUCAUCACCACGGAAGCAACACCGGUUGUAUUUCGGCUUUCUGACCUAGCCUCACCCUACAAGCUUCGCUUGGAACAGCUUGGGGUUGAUUCCCUGAAUGUCCACUCUACCAGGUUGAAGGAACAGAUACUUGCUCGGAUUCCAGAACUUGAAGCCCAUAAAAAGGGACGUGAUGUACUCCUUGCCUUCAAAGCGAACAUAGGAACAGUGCUCCAUGAAACUAGCCAGUAUAGAAAUGCUCUCCAUCUAUCUAAGGCAGCAGAUAUCCUGAGAAAAGAAAUGCUCCAGCACAAGACAAAAUUCAGCAGCGAGCUCAAAGAUGGCUUUGGUGAGGAGACUAUCCUACCUGCACUUCUUCAGUUCGUGUGCAGCAUUGAACAUGGUGUUGAUAUAAAAACACAUCUGACGCACGGAAUAGCGAAGUCAGACUUAAAUAUUGCUCAGCUUUUACAGUUCAACUGCUACUCAAAACGUAGAGAAGGAUUGACAAUUCAAAUACAUUCUAAAGACCGUGUGACCCCUUUUGCUGUCUAUGUUGGGUUGGAGGUGUGCGCCAAGACACGAAAAAGAGAGUUAAUUAACAAAUUCCAUGAGCAUGGACUAAACAUAUCGUAUGACAGGGUAUUAGAGAUAUCCGGCAAGCUUGGUGAAACUGUGAUAAAACAGUAUGUCGAAGAAGAUGUUGUGUUCCCACCAGUGCUGCGUAAAGGGCUGUUCACUACGGCCGCUGUCGACAACAUUGAUCACAAUCCCACGGCCACCACAGCUAGCACCUCAUUCCAUGGUACAAGUAUUUCCAUGUUCCAGCACCCAAGUAAGGAAAACAGAGAACAGCGGGUUUCACCGAAAAUAACAGACAGUAGGACAAGAAAGGUUCCUGAGCUUCCAGAGGAUUAUACAAACAUCGCGCCAGCCUACUUCAAGAAGAACCCAACCCCAGCCUCAGUAGAUGAAGUAUCACUGUCUGACCACAGUCUCUUCCAAAGAAACAUAAGAGUCGAAUACGAAUGGUUGGAAAAGUUCAAGGUACCACCGAUGUAG